AUGGACACACUAUAUGAUUAUGGGGUGUCAAUGGGAUAUCAAAAGGCAUGGAGAGCAAGAGAAAAAGCAUUAGAAUUGGCAAGAGGGAGACAAGAUGACUCUUAUCAACAGCUACCAAUGUACUUACACAUGCUGAAAGUAUCAAAUCCAGGAACAAUCACACACUUGGAAACAGAUACAAAAAAUCGUUUCAAAUACUUGUUUCUAGCAUUCGCAAAUUCAAUAAGAGGCUGGAAACAUUGUAGACCAGUCAUUAUCACAGAUGGAACCUUCUUAAAAACAUCAUUUGGCGGGACUUUAUUUUCAGCUUCUACAAUGGAUGCAAACAACAACAUUUUCAUAUUGGCAUUCGAAAUAGGGGACUCAGAAAAUGAUGACUCUUGCGAUUGGUUUUUCAACAAAAUAAGAGAAACAUCUAGUGAUAGAGAAGGAUUAACAAUAAUAUCAGACAGACAUAAAAGUAUUGAAAAAACAGUGAAGAAUGCUUACCCAGACCACUUUCAUGGAGCUUGCAUAUUCCACUUUCUUAACAACAUCAAAUCAAACUUUGGUGGACAUGGAGAUGAGCUCACUAUAAACUUUGUGAAAGCUGCCAAAACAUACAGGGUCAGCUCAUUUGAGCAUUACAUGUCAGAAAUAGACAAAAUUGACAUUCGCAUAAGACCUUACCUGGAAAAUAUAGGACAUCAUAUUUGGACUAGAAGCCACUGCCCAACAAGGAGGUACACUAUGAUGACUUCAAACAUAGCAGAGUCAAUCAAUUCUGCAAUCACAGCUGCAAGAUCGGUGCCAAUUACAUUAAUGAUUGAAUGUCUAAGAAGUUUAGGUCAAAAAUGGGUGUGGAAGAAUGGAAACGAAGCUAAUGGAAUAUUCACAGAAGAAUCUGUUGAAGCUGAAACAGUACUUAGAGAUAAUCUUGUUAAGGGAAUGAAGUACCAGGUUGAAGCAAUAACUACUAUACUAUACUAA